AACAUAAUUUCUUUUAAUCGCUUUACUGACAAUAGCAGUCAACCUACCUGUGAAAACUAACCUGCCGUAUAUAUAUUUCCUCUUCUAUUCAUUAUUACAAUUUGCAAGAUCUGCAGAUGUAGGUGAGCAAAAAGCUAAGAUGUAGGUUUGGUAAGGCAUUAAGCUAUGCAAAGCUGAAGACAAUUGAUUUGGAAAUUCUAGUGAAUCUUGCUGGUGACAAGGAAAGAUAUUUAAACUCUCGCAUGGUGCUAAAAUCUUGGGAUCUUAGAGAAUUUUCUUUUCUGUACACCCUUCAUUCAAAGUUGAAUAUCUCUAUCUUACCAGGACUUCGGAUUGAGUAAGAUUGAUGGUGUUGGAAUUUUAUCCUUCAUAUCUAGAUGAGUUAUUCCUGACAUCGUUUGAGAGAUCUCUUGCAAGCGUAUCUCAAUUCAUGAUUUGGUGAAUGUAUUCUACAAUUUCUUUAAAUAAAGAUACAGAUUGAGAGAGCUUUAUCCUCUGAAAUUCGAAUCUCAAACUAGUUUCUUCUUCAAUAUUUGUUUAAAAAAAAAAAAAAAAAAAAAAAAAAAGAGAAGAGAAAAAGUGGAUUGAAAAUGAGUGCCCUGCAAGGUGUAUUUUCAAUUGCAGGGGCAAUUGCAGGGGCAAUUGCGGGGAGAUUAGUUGAGCCAGUGAUGCUCCACGUUGGUUUUGUUUUUCAGUACAAGAAGAAGCAGGAGAAUCUGGAAGUUGAAAUUAAAAACCUUGAAGAGCUGAUAAAACAAAUCAAAGAAAAAGUUAAAGAAGCCAUUACUCGUGGUGAAGAACUUGAUGAACCUGUUUCAAACUGGCUAGCGGAGGUGGGAAAAAGAGUUCCGGAAUUUAAGGAUGAAAAUACUGUUAACGAAAACAUGCAGUGCUUUGUAUUCUUAUGUCCGGACUACAUCUCGCGUUACAGAAUGAGCAAGGAUGCCGAAAACAAGAUCAAAGAAGUAAAAAAGUUCACUCAGAGUGGCAAUUUUAGCACAGUUGCACAUCCUAAGCCAUUUGCUCAAGAACUUCAAUUCACAUCGUCAAGUACAAACUAUGUGAAUUUUGAGUCGCGAGAAUUGGUUUUCAAUAACAUCAUGGGGGCAUUACAAGAUUCCAACGUUAAAAUGAUUGGAGUAUAUGGAACAGGAGGCGUUGGUAAGACGACAAUGGUCGAAGAGAUUGGAAAACAAGUGAAAAAUGGACUUUUUGAUGAAGUUAUGGUGGCAGUUGUCUCUCAGGACGCAAAUGUGAGCAAUAUUCAAGGGCAACUCGCUGCUCGCUUGAAUCUAGAACUAAAAGGGAAAAAUGAAGUGGGAACAGCAAACCAAUUGUGGAAUAGAUUGAACAAUGGGAGGAAAAAUCUCAUUAUAUUGGAUGAUAUUUGGCAAGAAUUGAACUUGAAGACAAUAGGGAUUCCUAUCACUGAUGGAAACAAUUGUUGCAAAGUUGUGAUAACGUCUCGAAUCCUAGGUGUGUUGGAAAAGAUGCAUGUUGAUAAGUAUGUUCCAAUGCAAGUAUUAUUAGAGAAAGAAGCAUGGGCCCUAUUCAAGACGAAGGUGGGAAAUUCUGUUGAUUCUCCUGAACUCCAUGAUAUAGCUGAUGCAGUCUAUAAAGAGUGUGGAGGCUUGCCGGUCGCUAUACUUGCAGUUGGAGCCGCAUUGAAAGAUAAGAAAAAAUAUGUCUGGGAAGAUGUACUUGAUCAAUUCAAAGAUUCCAUGCUAAAGAAUAUUGCGGGAAUUGACGCAAAGGUGUAUGCUUCCUUAAAGUUAAGCUAUGAUCGUUUAGAAUCUAGUGAUGCAAAAUCAUGCUUCUUGCUAUGCUGUUUCUUUCCUGAAGAUGAUAAUAUUUCAAUUGAAGUGUUGGCGAGACACUGCAUAGCGAGAAGUUUGCUUGGACAAAACACAAAUACACUAAGAAGAGCAAGCCGUCGAGUACUUACAGUGGUCGAUAUCCUCAAAGAUGCUUGUUUGUUAUUAGAAGGUGAAGAUGAAAACUUUGUCAAAAUGCAUGAUGUCAUUCGAGAUGUUGCUCUUUCAAUUGCGAAAGAUGAUGGCAAGGAAAUUCUAGUAAAACAUGGUGACAAAAAGUGGCCCGAGAAAGAUACAUGCGAAUCUUCCUCAGCAAUGUCAUUAAUGUUCGACUACACUCUUGAGCUUCCGAAGCUUCCGGAUGAUUUGGUAUGUCCACAACUCCACACCUUGACCAUAGUAUUGGAAUGGGAUUGGCGUAGCGAUGCUUUGCUUAAUGUUUCAGAUAGGUUUUUCAGUGGAAUGGAGAAACUUACAAUUUUAGAAUUGAAUAGAAUCUGUAUGUUGCGUCCAUUAUCUCUUGCUAAUUUGGUUAACAUUCGGAUGUUAUGGUUAGAAGAUUGUGAGUUGGGAGACAUAGCUAUACUCAAGGAUCUAAAUAAUAACCUUGAAAUACUUAGCCUUCGAGGUUCUAAUAUCGAGGUUUUGCCAUCAGAGAUAGGACAAUUGACUCGUCUUCGGUUGUUAGAUCUGGGAAAUUGUAAAAAGCUCACAGAGAUUCCACAAAGUGUCAUAUCCAAUUUGUCUCGCCUGGAAGAAUUAUACAUUUUAGAUGAUGAGUAUAUGUCUAGAAAGGAAAGUGUCAAAGUGAAUGUUGAUGAGUUGGGGAAAUUGACGCAAUUAACCACUUUAGAGAUUCAGAUACCAAAUGUCAUGCUAUUGCCCAAGGACUUCUGCUUUGAAAACUUGUUCAGAUUUAAAAUAGUAAUGGGUAAGGAAUUUGAUUUUUCUGGAACUUAUGAUUCUUUUAGAACUUAUUCAAAGUCGUGUAAACUUGCGGGUGUUUCCUUAAUGGACAAGUUAAUCGUUUUGUUGAUGAGAGCCGAACAACUACAUUUGCAAAAAAUUGAAGGUUUACAAGAGGUGCUGCAUGACAGAGGUGCUCCAUCAGGGUUCUUCAAUAAUUUAAUCGAAUUAACAGUUCAAGAUUGUAGGUUGAAAUAUCUCUUCUCCCUGUCCUGUGCAAGAGGAUUUCCACGACUCCAGAGACUACGAAUAUUUGAUUGUGUGAUGAUGGAAGCAAUAGUUGGAAUUGAAGAAGAAAAAGAUGAAGAUGAACUCUCAAGUCAGUUAAUUAAUUUCAGUCAGUUGAAAUAUUUGCGUCUCCAGAAUCUACCCAAGCUCAUAAGCUUCUACCCCAAAGUGGAGAAGAUGUCAACAUCUAAAGGAAAUUCUUCUACCCAGGCACAAUUUUUGUUUAAUGAAAAGGUUGCUUUCCCCAUCUUGGAGAAUUUGGUAAUUUCGAAAUUGCCUAACAUAAUAGAGAUAUGGGAGAAGCGAUUACUCAUAGCCUCAGAAAACGAAUCAACGUCUUGCCGGCUGAAAGAUAUGAGGGUUUCUAAUUGUGAGAAAUUGGUUCACGUGGUUCGGUUUAAAAUGCUCCCACGACUGCAAAAUCUGGAAACAUUCAUGGUAGACAAUUGUCCAAAGAUGGAAGCAAUAGUCGCGGAGAAAGAAAAAGAAAAAGGAACCACCAGUAAUGAUAUCAUCGUGUUCUCUCAAUUAACAACUCUUAAUCUUUCGGAGUUGGCGAGCCUUAAUAGUUUUUACACGUGGCCUACAAGAUCGGAAGCACAACCAUUGUUCAACCACCAGGUUGCUUUCCCCGUCUUGGAGAAUUUGGAAAUUUCGAAAUUGCCUAACAUAAUAGAGAUAUGGGAGAAGCGAUUACUCAUAGCCUCAGAAAACGAAUCAAAGUUCUGCCGACUUGAAGAUUUGGAGGUUUCUAAUUGUGAGAAAUUGGUUCAUGUGGUUCGGUUUAACAUGCUCCCACGAUUGCAAAAUCUGAAAAGAUUCAAUGUAGAAAAUUGUCCAAAGAUGGAAGCAAUAGUCGCGGAGAAAGAAAAAGAAAAAGGAACCACCAGUGAUGAUAUCAUCGUGUUCUCUCAACUAAUAACUCUUGGACUUUUCGAGUUGGUGAGCCUUAAAAGUUUCUACAACUGGCCUACAAGAUUUGAAGCACAACCCUUGUUCAACCACCAGGUUGCUUUCCCCGUCAUGGAGAAUUUGGUAAUUUCGAAAUUGCCUAACAUAAUAGAGAUAUGGGAGAAGCGAUUACUCAUAGCCUCAGAAAACGAAUCAAAGUGCUGCCGACUGAAAGAUUUGGAGGUUUCUGAUUGUGAGAAAUUGGUUCAUGUGGUUCGGUUCAAUAUGCUCCCACGACUGCAAAAUCUGGAAACAUUCAAGGUAUACAAUUGUCCAAAGAUGGAAGCAAUAGUCACGGAGAAAGAAAAAGAAAAUGGAACCACCUGUAAUGAUAUCAUCGUGUUCUCACAAUUAACAACUCUUAGACUUUUCGAGUUGGUGAGCCUUAAAAGUUUCUACAACUGGCCUACAAGAUUUGAAGCACAACCCUUGUUCAACCACCAGGUUUGAUUUUCCUAAUUUAUUUUAUUAACCCUGUCCAUGAGAAAGUCUGCACCCAAAAAAAAAA